AAGAAUACAUUGAACACUCGAGCAAAUAAAGUGUGUUGAAUCUCUCUUUUAUGUUACUGAUUCAAGGUUUUCUAGCAUUAAAGUUAAUUUUGAACGCAUUUUGUUCACAUUACCCUACUGCACGAUGAUGAUGAUGAUGAUCAGAAACUCCUCCCUCUCACACAACACCAGGAAGAGGUUGAUGAUUUCUCUUCCUAUCAUCCUGACUCAUGUUGGACAAAAAAACGCUUCUAAAGAAGGAUUUUUUUUUCUUUUUGAACCGACAGCAGAUCUUUGUGAUUCUCGUUCAUGAAAUGAAAGUGAAGUUUAGUUUGUUUGAGCUCAUUCUCGUGAUUCUUGAAGCCAUCAUUCAGAAAGUGAAAGUAAAGUUUAGAUUUCUGGAGCUCAGACGCUGAAAAUGGAUUCGCCAGCUGAUUAUGAUUAUAGUUGUCCCGUGUGUCGGGAUGUUUUCAAUGUUCCUGUUAUUUUAUCAUGUAGUCACAGUUUCUGUAAAGAGUGUCUGCAACAGUUCUGGAAAAUCAAGAAGUCUCGGGAGUGUCCGGUUUGUAGGAGUUUUUCAAAAUAUGAACCUACGUCUAAUCUGGCGUUAAAAAACCUGUGCGAGUCGUUCUUGAAGGAGAAUAACGAGAAUCUUUCAUCAGAGUCUGAGGAGCUCUGCAGUUUACACAGUGAGAAACUCAAACUCUUCUGUCUGGAGGACAAACAGCCGGCCUGUUUAGUGUGCAGAGACUCAGAGAAACACAUCAAUCACACAUUCAGACCCAUCGGUGAAGUGGCUUCUUCAUAUAAGGUGGAGCUCAAUCCAGCACUGAACUCCUUACAAGAGAAACUAAAACACAAAGAAAACAUUAAAGGGGAAUUUGAGAGAACGGUUCAACACAUCAAGUCUCAAGCUGAUCACACGGAGCGUCAGAUUAAACAGCAUUUUGAGAAGCUUCAUCAGUUUCUCAGAGAUGAAGAAGCUGCUACAAUAACUGCACUGAGGGAGGAAGAGGAACAGAAGAAACAGAUGAUGAAGAAGGAGCUGGAUGAAAUCAACAGACACAUCUCAGCUCUUUCACAGUCAAUCAAAGACAUGGAGGAGAUGAUGAAUGCCAGUGACGUCUGCUUUCUGAAGAAGUUUCCAGUCUCAAUGGAAAGAGUCCAGAUCUCAUCACAGCCGGAUCCACAGACUCCUUCUGGAGCUCUGAUUCAUGUGCCACGAUACUUGGGCAACCUGCCCUUCAGAGUCUGGAAGAAGAUGCAGGACAUCGUCCAGAACAUUCCUGUGAUUCUGGAUCCAAACACGGCUCAUCCAUGUCUCAUCCUGUCUGAUGACCUGACCAGUCUGAGAUGGAGCUUGACCAGUCAACUAUUUCCAGAUAAUCCAGAGAGAUUCGACGAGUAUGCCUGUGUCCUGGGUUCAGAGGGGUUUAACUCAGGAACACACUGCUGGGAUGUGGAGGUUAAAGAGAGUCUGUACUGGAGUAUUGGAGUAACUACAGCAUCAAACCAAAGAAAGGGACUUGUUUUCUUUAACACUGAGGUCUGGUGGGUCCAGUACGGACUGGAUGAGCGGUUUGGUUUUCCUGUUAAACAGAGGCUGGACAGGGUGAGAGUUGAUCUGGACUAUAACAGAGGAACAUUGUCAUUCUCUGAUCCUGUAACUAACACACAUCUACACACAUUCACAACCAUCUUCACUGACACCGUCUUCCCAUUCUUCUGGUGUAAUGAUUUGAAAAUUGUACCAGUUAACUGAAUAGUCCGAUCCAAGAGCUGUUUGGCAACAUGUUCCUCAAAGUGACUCCACUGGGGGAGAUCUGACGCCAGAUACUUGUGAUGCCCUAUUCUUAAAGAAAUUGUUCAUUUGAGUCAAUCUGCAGUGAGGAACUGGUCAAGCUUGUUUAAAAAAUUCUAACCUUAGAUUCCUGGGUGAUGAUGCAAGGUGCACAGCCAAAGCACCACACAGGACUUGAAAGAGCUGGUUCAAGUAACUGUCAAAGUUUUGACUAGAAUUAUCAAAAGUAUUGGUACCAAGUCAGUACUGGCAUUUUACAAAUGUACCGAGUUAGUUCAGUACCCACUGAAAGGCUGCUGUGCGUUCAGUAUCUCUCUGAGCACUCUGUGAAAAUAAUCCAGUGUUCCUUUUUAUUCGCUUUUUGAAGCAUUGAGCAUUGUAUCCAAUCACGGACAUGUCUGUGGAACGUUUUAACACUUUUGCCAAAGUUAAGUCAGAAUCUGCUCAACAUUGCUCAAAAUGCCAGUUUUUUUUGCUCUACACACCCGUGCAUCCUUUGAUUAUAAAGUAUAAAGACAAUGAAAACAAAAGAUUCAUUGUGCAGUGUAGGUAGCUUCACUUAUUAUAACAGGAGUUUUCUUUCAAGUGCAGAACUCCAUGAUCUUGUGCUCAAAACUGUAGCGAUCGACAGCUUCAGUGGUUAUAAAGGGAGAGCUCUUUACAACCUAUUCACAAUUUGAAUAAAAGAUGUAUUUUAACAUGCUGCCAGGUACACACCCAAAGUAUCAGGAGUGACAAUUGUUUUGAGAGUUAAUCUGAAACUGCAGUGACUGUCAUAGUGAUAACAAUAGCACCAAACGGAAACAAAAGAAUCUGAUUCUGUAUGUCAGAAUAGAUCAGUGCAUCAUAUCUUUCACACUAGCACUUUUGUGCCAGUGUGCACCUGGGUUUGUUUUGUAUAGUAUGAACACUGUUUACUGAACACAGGUGUGCACUCGCAAACUGUAACCAAGUCCAUCUUAAAAGGAUGGUCUUCUAGGGCAUGGUCAAGUGAACUCUGGUAUGGUU